AUGAAGGUGGAAGGAUUGAGGACCUACGGCGACAUUCAGACCAAUAUCAACGAGAUAAAUAGUAACAUGUGCUUUAAAAGGAUACUUCUUGUUCUUGACAAUGUUACUAGUAAAGAACAGAUUGACUACUUCUGGGCAGGAGACCGAGAACUGCUGUGUCCUGGGAGCAGAAUUUUGAUCACAGCCCGAGACCAAAACUUGCUAAAAGAUCUCAAUGUAGACGACAAGUAUAUCGUCAAAGGAUUGGACCCGAAUGAAGCGCUCCGGCUCUUUUGUCGCCAUGCCUGGAAGAGAGAAGAACCUCAAGAAGGCUAUGAGGAGUUGUCCCGAAAUCUAGCUCAUUAUGCAGGAGGUCAUCCAUUGUCUCUUAAAUGGUUGGGCUCAUUCCUAAACGGCAUGCCGAAACAACAAUGGCCUCACAUAAUGGAGAAGUUGGUUAGAAGCCCUUAUCUUGAUUCGCUCAUUCAUUCCUUCGGGUCAGUUGGGCCAUAUGGCGGUCAAGGCGGUGAUGCUUUUGAUGAUGGGACACACAAUGGGGUGAGGCAAAUUAGGCUGUAUGGACAAUCAAUUAUCGAAUCCAUCACCAUCGACUAUGAUCACGAUGGGUGUUUCGUGAGAUCCUCCCAGCAUGGUGGACAUGCCCAUGACGAUGAAACGCUGGUGAUAUUGGACCAUCCAAGUGAACACCUGAUUUCUGUAUCAGGCCAUAUCGAUGAUGAUGGAGGUCAUGAUGUUGUUCGGUCUCUCAAGAUCCACAGCAACAAGAAGACGUACGGACCAUUUGGUUCAGAAAGAGGACGGCCUUUUGAUCUCUCACAUUCUGAUAGACAGAUCAUCGGGUUUCAUGGAAAAUGUAGCAGCCAUCUCCACUCAAUCGGAGCCCAUUUCGGGCCAAUUUCUCAUGUGUAUCCAUAUGAUGUCGUGGGACCAUUUGGUGGUGAUAGUGGAAUGCACAUUUGGGACGACGGAAAACACACAGAUGUGAGGCAAAUCGUCGUAGGCUUCGAUUCGGCAAUUAAGUCUAUCUCUAUCUUAUAUGAUGAACACGGACGUCCAGUUGGUCCGUUCACACAUGGCACAAGUGGAGGAGGCAAAACAUAUACGAUUAAGUUCGACCAUCCAAUUGAGUACUUGACAUCCAUCUCGGGCUAUACUGAAGAAGUUUCCGGACUCACCAUUCUUUAG